UCGUUACUAGCAGCCUAAAAUGUUGCCUGCUCCUUUCUUGUUUUCCUUCGCGUUUUCCGUGCGCCUGCACUGCGACUAUUUUUUCGUCAGCCUUUAUCUUCGUAGGCUUCGUGCUACACCUGGGUGGAGGCGUGGCAGUUAUCAAACAGACUGACCACGUGAUUCGCUUCUUAUCUCGAGCGCCGGUGACGUGCCGGAGAGCGCGGUCCUUUUGGAAACCGGCAUUGUUCGUCCCGUGCAGGAGGUGCGAAGGCGACGCAAGGCCCUACUCAUGAGCCAAGAUUCCCCCGAAUACGGCGAGUGGCUCUUCUGGCGGGUUCCCCCGCACGCCGCCACCGCCGCUCAGGGAAUCGAAAUCGAGCGUUUCGCGGCCGCAGCCCUCGAGCGACGUCGAUUCAAGGCGGCUCCCGUGCAUCGCUCCGUGUUCCUCGAGAGGCCUCCUAGCAUCGACGAUGCGACGUGCCAGCUGGGGAUACCGAUCGACGGCGACGUCUUCGACGACCGCUACCACGACGAAGACGCUUCGUCGGAACAGCGCCGUUCCGCGGGCGCUUGGAACGCCAGCGCCACCCAGAACUGGCGGGAGGCUGCUAGGCCCAAUCGCGUAGGCCGUCUGCUUCGCGAUGUUUCUCUGCCGUCGGUGGUCUCUUCUGCGACGUUCGAUGGAACUGUCAGCGACGUCGAGCGUCCCGUAGGCGAUGCCAGCAUGGGAAACAGGGGCAGCAGUCAGCAGGGAGCCGACGGCAAGCGGGCCAAGGGCUCCUCGACAGACGCGCUCGCCUCGGAGACGCCCAGAGGCAGUCCGGGCCUCUUCCGACUCGUCGGCCGGGACGCCAAGGGAAAAGUCAAAAAGACUCCGCAGACCGCCCGUAAAAAUGCCCCCGAGAGCGUGGCAGCUGCGCCAGCGGACGCCGGAGAAGCAUCGCCGAAGAAGACGCCGGCGCCGGCCCAACCGUCGGCGGAGAAGCGCUCGGAGUCCAGUCCCGAAAGCUCGGGCUCGGUUUACGUGGACACGGUGUCCCACCUGCCCACGCCUGCCGAAGAAGACGCCGGUGCAGCGACAGCCGACCCCGACUCGGUGACCCUCCAGGAUUCCCCGAGCAACGUGAGUGACUCGACCGUGUUCGGUGACGAGGACGGCCGUUUCGGAGCGUCGGGCGUUGACGCUCCGGUGGGCCCCUACUCGACGCUACCGUGCCGUGGAGGGUCCGCUCGAGUCCGGUCCUUCAGCGAGGCUGAGUCGACGGCCCAGCGCGCUCCUUCCUGCACGAGCCUGGGUCGCGGAGACGUCGGCUUGCACUCCGGGGCUGCGACGCCCACGUUCACGCUGACGCAGCAUCGAAAGGUGGUGCUGCCCAAGUUCCCGGUGCCGUCGUCGGCGGUGCCGCCGGAGACGCCGGCCGCCGUGACGGCCAGCAGUGAGGACGGCGGCGACGCCAAGCCGCUGGGCGCCGGUGGCCGCCGGCACUCUGCGUACGACGACGUGCCGCCGCUGGACGGCAACGUGCUCCGAAAGGUGGCCUCGCUGACGCUGGACAGGGCCACCAUCGAGGCCAGGGUGAACCGGCCCAAGGUGGUGCCGGAGAAGCUAGACUUCAGCCUCUACGAGAAGUUCGAAGGGCAGAUGCUGCUGAACUGGUUCUGCGUGAGCUUCCCGGACGACCACUACCUGCGUUUCCUGCUCACCCGGCAGGACAUCAAGUUGCUGGCGGCCCAAUUCUGCACCCACCUGCUGGCUGCGGGGGUCCUCUGCCAGAUUGAGGACGGCAACGCGCCCCUCGAGUCUCUCUUCAGGCCGGACCUGAUGUACUACUGGACGCACUCGGAGGCGCCUGCGUGUGCGUCCAGCCUGCCGCUGCCAGGGAAGCUGACCACGGACUACUGGCCGCCCCCGGGGGAGGAUCUUCGGCCAGGGCUCCGCUACACGGAGGCCGAAGCCCAGCAGCUGGUCAUGGGACUCAAGAAGCAACACAGAGAUGACCUGGAGCGCACGCAGAAAGAGUAUGAGGUGGCCCUGUUCUCGCUGCGGGGGGAGCAAGCGGCCCGGCUGACGGACUACGAGGGCCAAGUGGUGCGGCUGGAGCGGCAGGUGGACCGCUACCAGACGCUGGCCGGCAUCGAGGAGCUCACCCGCAGGGCCAGGGACGUCUGCUCGGCACCCGCUGCGGACGGCCCCGCCCCGAGGACCUCCUGCAGCUCUCAGACUCUGGCCGCACCCACCCGAGAGUCUGGCUGCCAGGUGCAGUGGUGUCUCUCCGUGGCCGGCGUUCAGACUGAGGAGGCCCAACGCGUAGCCAAGGAGUCGCAGACAGCGGCGCCGGUCGAGCGGAUCGACACAGUUUCUCAGACCGAGGACGUCCUUCGACCGGUUUCCACAACGGCAACAACGAAGAACAAGGAUGACAUUGUUCCGGUGCAUGCCCCUCCCCCUCCACCACCCCCUCCCCCUCCACCACCCCCUCCUCCUCCUCCUCCUCCUCCUUUUCCUCCUCCCCCACCCCCGCCGUGCCCUUCCGUGGGCAGCGUCCCUCCUCCUCCACCGCCUCCACCUCCACCUCCAACAGGUGUCCCGUGUGUGGCCCCCCCAGCCCCACCCCCUCCGCCCGUGGCCCCUCCCACUGGGUCGCUCCAGGCUCCGCCCCCACCGCCACCUCCUCCAGGACAAGGCCCCGUUCCGAUGCCCACUCCACCGGCGGGAGGCUGGUACAACGCAUACCUGAGCGCACGCAAGCAGCCGGUGAACCCCAAGUCUCCAAUGAAGCCGCUCUACUGGACUCGGAUCCAGGUGGUGUCCCCGGCUCCUGUUCCCGAGCGGCCGGCCUCCGACGACGGAGAGCCCCGUACCCUGUGGGAUUGCCUGGAGGAGGCCCAGCCGGCUGACUGGGACGAGUUCACCAACCUCUUUUCACGCCAGGUGCAGGAGAAGAAGGUUGCUGCCAAGGUCAAGGCUGCGCAGGCCAAGGAGGUAGCGAAGCUGCUGGACCAGAAGCGCUCCCAGAACGUGGGCAUCCUCAUCUCGAGCCUCCGGCUGGAGAUCUCUGAUGUGGAGAACGCCAUCUACAAUUUCGACACGUCGGUGGUGAGCCUGGACACCCUGCAAGCUCUGUACGAAAUUCGUCCGACGGCCGAAGAGCUGAAGCUGAUCCAGGACCACCUGGCUGCCAAGCCGGAUGUUGCCCUGGACAAGCCGGAGAGGUUCCUCCUGGACCUGUCGAAGAUCCCCGAGUAUGCAGACCGGGUGGGCUGCAUCAUGUUUCAGUCAACCUACACGGAAUCCAUCAGCGCCGUCGAGAACAAGCUCAACAACCUCAAGAUGACCUGCGACACGCUGUUGAAGAAUCCGGACGUGCACAACAUCCUGGGUAUUAUAUUGGCUCUGGGCAACUACAUGAAUGGAGGCAAUAGGAGUCGUGGGCAGGCUGACGGAUUUGGCCUGGAGAUCUUGGCCAGGCUCAGGGACGUCAAGAGCAAGGACAACUCCCUGACCCUCCUUCAUUACAUUGUCAGAGUCUAUGUAAGACAGUUCCAAAAGGAUGCCACGCUGGAGAAGGCAAAGUUCCCGCUGCCGGAGCCCAGCGACAUGGAGCGCGCGGGACUGGUCAACUUCAACGACAUUGCCGCCGACCUCGUCAAGCUACACACGCAGCUCAAGAGCUGCGAGGCGAAGGUGCAGCGAGUCCUGGAGAAGUCCGACGAGGAGCACCAGGAGCCGUUCCGGCAGCGGAUGACGGGAUUCCUGGAGAAGGCCUACCAGGAGCACAGGGAGCAGGAGGAGAACCUCGAAGAGUGCAGGCAGAAGUUCCUGGAAACGAAGGACUACUUCAGCCUGCAGCCCAAGUCCAAGAAUGAGUCGGAGUGGCCCAAGGAGUUGUUUGGGCCCUGGGUGCCCUUCUGCAACGACUUCAAGAACAUCUGGAAGAAGGAGAUCCAGCGCAAGAUUAAGCUGGACUUGGAGGCUACACGCAAGAAAGUGAAGGAGCUUCAGGAGGCCAAGAAGAGCAGCGUCAUGCGGGAGGUGGUCAAGGUGCAGGACAGCAGGCCCUCCAGACUCAAAGCCAAGCUGGCCAAGAGAAUGCAGCAGCUCGGUCAAAGCUUCCCAGUUCAGGGACCGCCCUAGCCCCGUUUGACGGCAUCUUUAGCAUCGAUUGUGAUGGAGUGACACCGUGCUAAGAUAGCAGCGGGAUGUUGGGAGUGUACAAAGGUUCAAACCCACACUGUACAAAUGUUAGAAAAAAACUGUAAAAAGAAAAACUUAUAGGCACACUUUUUUUUUUUCUUUGUGCAGGCAGCAAUUAUGCAGGGUAUGCUGGGCAGCCAACAGUGCUUGAGUCACAGUUCUUUUACAUAUUGACCAGCAAACCAAAGAAUGGUUUCCAGCUUUUUUAAAUGCUCGCGUACUUAAAUGUACUCCACUAUGGAUUGGCUCCGGCAGACCACAGCCAAUGCUACGGGCCUCCACGUCCAUUGAUGGAUUGGUUGGAAAGCAUGCAGUAUGUUGCCUAGACUUGGCAUGUUGAUUUGGGAGCACUGGCAAGCGUGGCAGAGCUGUAUGCCACCAUGAGUUCUUCUCGGCUUACAAUUGGAACUGGCGGCCCGUAGCUUCGGCAAUGGUCCAUCGUGGGACGAGACAAAGUAUAGGCAGUCGGGGCAGCUUUCUCUUAGCGUUUCUUCGGACAUUCCACCCUACUAAAUGCAGGAUUAAUUUAUUUAAUAUUUAUUUUACUAUUUCAUCUUUAUAAGGUGUGUUGUAAAAAAACACACUGUCUCUUGUUCCACAUAGUGGCAGUCUCGCUCUGCAGUCACGAAAGAAGGCUCGCGUGCCACAGAUCUUGGCUUCGCCCCUUUUUUUUAGACAUUUCUUCCGUCUAAAUGCGAACUUAAUUUAUUGGAUAUUUAUUUUACUAUUUUGUUCCAAUGAGCUGAAUAAAAGCUAUUCCUACAAAGCG